ACGAAUAAACACCACUCGAACUUCUCCUUGUACUCAUGACUCAGGAGGUUGUAUUCAAUCCCAUCUCUACUCUUUAGAUACGUUUUCAUCCUUCCUUUGUUUCUGCGGUCGCCGUUUGUAUCCUUUCUUCUUCUUCUUCUCCUCGAAUCUUCUUGUACGCACUCAACAACCAGAUACCUGAUUUGAGACAUGAUGGAUAAGCAGAUCCUUCAGGUAGCCCUCGCCAAAGAUUCACUUCUUCUUCUCGCUGAGAAUCUCAAUUAGAGACAUGAUGGAAAAUUUCACAGAUCCAUCACCGGUUCUACAGGUUGCAGGUAACCAAUGAAUCCUGUCCGUCCGUUAAAGAGAUGUUAUAUCCAACGACGAAACAUUGUGACAGAACGGGGACUGCUUUGUUCACCUUCUACGCGGCUACUUUCAUGAAGUGUCCCUUACGAUAAUUACAAAAUUAAUUUUUAUCAAGAAUCGAUACACGUUUAUUUAUUCUAAUGAAUCUUGUUAAUCAACAACCCUCUUCAAAAAUUUGUUAAAAAGCUAAUAGAAUUUUAAUUGUCUAUUUUUAUAUAUGUCAAAAGAUAUGCAAUUAAAUAAUUUUUUUAAAUCUUUUCAAUAUUGGGUGACGUGGAAUAGAGAGUAGAAAAAUGGUUCCUUGAUCAUACUCUUAAACUCGGUCAUUAACUUGCUUAAUCAUAUGCUUAUUUUAAUUAAAUAUACAUAUUUAAAAUUAAUUAUAUCAAAAUCAAUUGUAAUACGUUCAAAACUGGGUCAGCUUCGUCUGUCAAGUCUAGGUAAGUUCCGUCAACUUGACUUUUUAAUAAUUUCAAAAUAUAUGUCAAUAAUGUCAUUAACUUCUGCACCGCGUAACAAAUAAGAACAUAAACUUUAGAUUCGUGGAAAGUUACUGGAAAAGUCAGACGGAGGAAAUAAGCAAGGUAGAUUCAUAGUUGCAUAAUCAUGGCGAUAUAUAUGGCGGUUUGGCGCUUCCGCUAUUUCAAUUGGUGAAUUCCACUUCUUUCUUAACAUAAUAAGAUCUCAAUUGUGCUCGUUACCCGUUGCUGCUGCUUUCAUCAACCAAAAAGGCACGAACAGAAAAAACUCAAAUCCGUAGUUCACAUGAGCGAUUAUUUCAAAGGUGUAGGAUGCGACAAACUGGUUAUCAUGGGAGAGAACACUCAACUUGUUACCCUUUCGACACUAUUUCAAGAGGCAUUGAGGAUGGUAAAGGACAUAGUGGACAAGGGUCUAAAGAACAAAUGGAACAGGCGAAUCCUGAGGUCAACUCUGAAGGAUAUGAACGCUUUGGUCGUUGAGAUAAAGCAAUUCAAUGAACACUUGAACCCACCCAGAGAAGAAAUCAACAUUCUCAUCAAAGAAAAAGAUGCAGGGGAAGAGGUUGUGUGCAAAUCCUGUUCCAGGAAUAUUUGGUGGUUCAGAUUUUUAUCUUGGCUUCCACUUUAUGGAGAUAGACUUAGGCAUUAUAAAAAUGGUUCCUUGGCUGCUGAUGGCAAUCUAGUUAAGGAUAUCAAAGUCACACUUUACAAGGUGAGAGAAAUUAUUGAGCUUCUUGAUGAAGAGAAUUUUAUGCAGAAACUUAAUGUUGUUGGAACACCAAUGAAGUGUCCUUUUGGUGUUCCUAAAAACCCAGAAUUCACUGUUGGUUUGGAUUUACCGUUGAGCAAGUUGAAGACAGAUGUUCUCAGGGAUGGCGUUUCCAUCCUUAUGUUGACUGGUUUGGGAGGAUUGGGUAAAACAACUUUGGCUACGAAGCUCUGUUGGGACGGCGAAGUCAAGGGUAAAUUCAAGGAUAAUAUUUUGUUUGUUACCUUCUCACAAACACCCAAAUUGAAGAGUAUUGUAGAGAGACUAUUUGAACACUACGGAUAUCCAGUGCCUGAGUUUCGAAGUGACGAAGAUGCAAUUAAACGGUUUGGGCUCUUGCUAAGGAAAAUUGAGGGAACUCCAAUGUUGUUGGUACUGGAUGAUGUUUGGCCUGGAUCAGAAGCCCUUGUUGAGAAAUUUACAUUCCAGAUAUCAGAUUAUAAAAUUUUAGUAACUUCAAGGGUUGCAUUUCCUAGAUUUGGCACCCCAUGUAUCUUAAAACCACUUCCUCAUGAAGAUGCAAUGACACUUUUCCGUCACUAUGCCUUCUUGAAGAAAAGAAGUUCAACUAUUCCUGAUGAGGAACUUGUCCAAAAGGUUGUGAGAUAUUGCAAGGGUUUACCGCUUGCCAUUAAAGUAAUCGGUAGAUCACUUAGUUAUCGACCUUAUGCGUUGUGGCAAAAGAUGGUGGAGGAAAUGUCACAAGGUCAUUCUAUACUUGAUUCUAACACUGAAUUACUUACUUCCCUCCAAAAGCUCAUGGAUGUUUUGGAAGAUAGUCCCAUCAUCAAGGAGUGUUUCAUGGACCUAGGAUUAUUUCCUGAAGACCAAAGAAUUCCUGUUAAUGCUCUCAUAGAUAUGUGGGCAGAGUUAUAUGGAUUAGAUGAUGAUGGCAUAGAAGCAAUGGACACCAUCAAAAAGUUAGAGUCCAUGAAUCUGGCUGAUGUCUUAGUAGCAAGGAAAAAUACAGGUGACACAGACAAUUACUACUAUAAUAUACACUUCAUUGUCCUUCAUGAUCUUCUAAGAGAGCUCGCAAUUUGUCAAAGCACCCGGGAAUCAAUUGAACAAAGAAAAAGACUGAUUAUUGAUACAAAUGAAAUUAAAUCUGGAUGGUGGCAUGGGGAGAAGCACCAAGGCAUGAUGGUCCGCAUGGUGUCAAAAUGUCUAAGAUGGGGUGUUAAACAAAAUCCCCAACAACAGGUGGCAGCCCGCACAUUGUCUAUAUCAACUGAUGAAACUUGCACUUCUUGUUUGUCCCACUUGCAAUCAAUCCAAGCUGAAGUUCUGAUUUUAAAUCUUCGAACUAAGGAGUACUCCUUUCCAGAGUUCAUGGAGAAAAUGAGCAAACUGAAAGUUCUUCUUGUGACAAAUUAUGGUUUCCAUCCUUCUAAAUUAGACAAUUUUAAGCUACUUGGCUCUAUAUCCAACCUGAAAAGAAUCAGACUAGAGCGGAUUUCUGUUCCUCACUUAGGUGCAUUGAAGAAUCUUAAAAAAUUAUCCCUCUACAUGUGUAGUAAUAUAAGUCAGGCAUUUGAAAAUGAUAAGAUCCAAAAUUCAGAUACAUUUCCAAAACUAGUAGAUUUAGACAUCGACUAUUGCAAGGAUGUGAUAGGAUUGCCUACUGGGGUCUGUGAUAUUACCCCUCUAAAGAAACUUAAUAUUACUAAUUGCCACAAGCUUAAAUCUCUCCCACAAGAAAUUGGAAAGUUGGAGAGUUUGGAAAUCCUGAGGCUGAGUUCCUGUACUGGUUUGGAAGGGCUACCAGGUUCUAUUGUAAGGCUUUUGAACCUAAGACUUCUUGACAUCUCAAACUGCAUAAACCUUCCUAGUUUACCCGAGGACAUUGGUAAAUUGUGUAAUUUAAGAAAUCUCUACAUGACAAGUUGUGCACGGUGUGAAUUGCCAUACUCAAUCGUCAAUCUUGAUAAUUUAAAGGCAGUGGCAUGUGAUGAAGAGACGGCUGCUUCAUGGGAAGCAUUUGAAGCUAUGCUUCCUAAUCUAAAGAUAGAGAUUCCUCACAUUGAUGUUAACUUAAAUUGGCUUCAUUCAAUUAGCUCAUAAGAACCCUUUCUUUAAAUUGCAACUUGAACAAUGGUCGUCUGUAAUUUUAAUUUAGUUUGUAACAAUCUGGUUAAUAAUCCUCGUAGUGUUGUUCCUAAGACAUGUUUAUUCAAGUGGCUCUUCUAAUAUUCGCAGGUUUGUUGGAAGUUCCUUACUAAUAUGAUGUCUGUAAUCUUAUAAAAAUUUUCCUUGAAAUCCUGGGUCGCACGAUGCAACAAAAAUCUUGGAAAGGAAACGUCUGAAUGCUUCUUGGAAGGUGAAGACAGUCACUAGUAUAAAUUUGCUUAUAUCAAUUUUUUUCUACUCACAAAGUGUUCAGUCUGUAACGAUGCAAUUGCUAGAGUUUCCAGUUCUGAAUCUCUAUGCAAACUUAAUAUUUUUAUAAGCGCCUGAGAAAAUAACAUGUGAACAAGAAGCUGAUAAC